CAUUGCGAAGGAUACAACGACCUAGAGAUGGAAGGAUAUGAAGUUGACAGACUAUCUAUAUGACCGUGGUUUCAAAUUAAGCCGGUUAAUAUUUACACCUUUUUCGAUGUUUAAAUCUAUGCAAAAAUGGCAGACGCGAGUUCAAGUAAACAAGUGAAAACGGCACCGAUUUUGAAAACUAAGAAUUUACAGUGCAAAAAUUUACAUGAUUACUUAAAGACUCUACCGUCUGAUAUUUUGGACAAAUUGUACAAUCAUCCUGCAACGUGUCUAGCAGUUUACAGGGAGCUGCCGGAGAUCGGCCGCCACUACGUCAUACGGAUAUUGUUCGUGGAGCAGCCGGUUCCUCAGGCGGUGGUGGCUUCCUGGGUAUCCCAGGCGUACGCCAAGGAGCAUGCCGCAGUCGUGAAGAUCCUGAGCGACCUGCGCGUGUGGCAGGAGGCGGCGAUCCCUGGUGGGCUGCCGGGCUGGAUCCUCAACGUCACCUUCAAGAAGAACAUGAAGAUAGCGCUGCUCGGAGGGGGCAAGCCGUGGAGUGUGGCGCAACUGGAGGCAGACAGCAAGCCGCGGGACGUCCCCUACCUGGACGGCUAUGCCGCGGAGCGCUGGGAGUGCGUGCUCCACUACAUGGUCGGCUCUCAGCAGCAGGAGGGCAUCUCCGCUGAUGCUGUGCGCAUCUUGCUGCACGCUGGCCUCAUGAAGCGGGACGAGGAGGACGGCAGCCCCGUGAUCACGAGAGAGGGCUUCCAGUUCCUGCUGCUCGACACGCCGUCGCAGGUGUGGUACUUCAUCCUGCAGUACCUGGACACAGUGCAGGCUCGCGGGCUGGACCUGGUCGAGUGCCUGGCCUUCCUCUUCCAACUGAGCUUCAGCACCAUGGGCAAGGACUACAGCACGGAGGGGAUGAGCGAGGGCUUGCUGAUAUUCCUGCAACACCUCCGUGAGUUCGGGUUGCUGUACCAGCGCAAGAGGAAGGCCGGCCGCUUCUACCCCACGAGACUCGCGCUCAACAUCGUGUCCGGCCAGAACAAGCCUCAAAGCGAGCUGAACCGCGACGGCUACAUCGUGGUGGAGACUAACUUCCGCGUGUACGCCUACACCGACUCCAACCUGCAGGUGGCGCUGCUGGGGCUGUUCUGUGAGCUGAUGUACAGGUUCUCCAACCUCGCGGUGGGAAUCCUGACUCGUGAGUCGGUGCGGCAGGCGCUCCGGAGUGGCAUCACUGCAGAGCAGAUUGUGGGCUUCCUCAGGCUGCACGCUCACCCGCGGAUGGUUGCGACUGGUCCGCCCGUGCUGCCGCCCACCGUCGUGGACCAGGUCAAGCUCUGGGAGAACGAGCGCAACAGGUUCACGUACACGGAGGGCGUGCUGUACAGCCAGUUCCUGUCGCAAGUGGACUUCGAGGUGCUGAGGGACCACGCGCAGGAGCAGGGCGUGCUGACGUGGCAGAACCCCGCGCGGCGCACCAUGGUGGUCACCAAGGCGGGCCACGACGACGUCAAGCGCUUCUGGAAGCGCUACUCCAAGGGCGGCGGCUGAGACACGCCGCGGAGUGCCGCUCCUGUCUGGAGGGACUCCAGCAGUGUUUCCACGCGCGGCCGCCGGAUGAUUGCCGUUGCGAUUAAUUCACGGGGGGAAAUACAGUUUGUGUAAUUUUGUAAUGUUUGAUAGUGAUGUAUAUUUUUGUAUAUUUUUCUGGUGCCAUAAAAAUAUUUUUAAAUACGUUAGUGUGGACCUGUGAAAAAGAUGCUGCAAGUCAUAGUGUAAAUAACCAAAACAAUUGUACUCUUAAAAAGAGUAUCAAGUGGAACCAAAAGGAAAAAUGUACUAAAUCAAGAAAUUCUUAAAUCUGGGCUGUAAACAAUUUGUGAUAUUUCUGCCAGUUUUUUUUUUAUUCUUGUGAGAAUGUUUAUCUCACUAAACUUUUUAAUGUGGAAAAAUGUAUGUUGAAAUAUUAUGUCAUUUUAACAGUUUGGAUUUCUUGGGUCCUUUUAUGUCAUGUUAUUUAUUGUAGACUUUUCAAGUCUUCUAUGUGAAUUUAAAUUUUCUUGAUAAUGUGUA